UAAUAGCGCGGAAUGGGUUAGUAGUCAUAACUCUGGCGUGCGCGUCUCCAGUUGAUCGUAGGCAGUCGGCGGUGAUCAGUCAAUUAAAGAAAGUGAAAGGAGUUUGAUAUCAUGUCGCACACAGUAACAGUGAGAACCGCUACAGUGACCACCAGUACCUCAAGUAUUAUUAUCAACACUGGGUAUUUAAAAACUUAUCGAGGGAUUUUGAAGUUAUUGGAACUGAUACUGGGUGCAGUAUGCGUGGGAAUAAUGGGGCAUCAUUUUGAUCUGGGCUAUCAUUACACUGUUCCAAAUCAAUUUUUCAUGCUUAUGACGACAACUUUUAUGAUAGCGACCUUUUUAUUAUUAUUGAGUUGUCUGGUUUCCAUUGCCACGGAAUCUAUUAUCUCUAAGACAAUUUAUGAAGUUAUUUAUCAUUCAAUUGCAUUUGCAUUAUUACUUGCCGCCUCUUUAAAUCUCAUGGUGAGAGUGACUGACCGGUAUAGUAGAACUGCACAAUAUGAUUUAUUGUUAGGCGCUUCAAUUUGCGGACUGGUAAACUGUGCCUUGUAUUUCUUCAGCACCGUCCUCGCUCUAAGAAUGUACAGAGGCUUGUAAAGUACAAAAUAACACGAGACAAAAAAUAACAUUAAAGUACUUAAAAAUUAAUGGCAAUAUUUUUUAUAAAAAUAUUACACACACGGUUCAUUUUAUACUGACUUCACAAAUAACAAAGUCUGAAUAUACAAAACAAAGUACGCUUACCAAAUUUUUAUAGUCUUUUGAUGAAAACUGGAAAAUAUUUUUUUUUCCAGAAAUUUUAUUUAUAAAUGAGUAUACAGAGCA